AAUAAACCCCCCCCACGAAAAACCCCUAAAAUUCAAAUCGACCGCUUCAUCGAUAAUGAAGAAGAGCAGCAAAACCCCCAAAUCCAGAACCCGAGGAACCACUGCCAAGUCCUCCACCUCGUUGGCGACGGCGACGGCGGCGAUGCAGAGCUCACCGGCCGGUAACCUCACGCUCCACUUUGAGCACGUCUCGUUGCUCUCCUCAUCGGUCAAAGAUCCCGCUUCUUCUCGCUUCCAGAAGCUUUUAGAAGAUCCUGACGCGGUUCCUAGCAAUCCAGCAGCUGAGCCCGAGGACCUUUGCAUCCUCAGCCAGGAUUUCUUUUGUACUCCGGAUUAUAUAACGCCGGAAAUGUCGAAUGGAUUUGAGUUCAAUAAGGAGAGCAGUGUUUGCCCUAAAUCGCCAGAGAAGUCGGUUAGGAAUAAGAGACACAGAAAGGAAGGUUCCCCGUGCAAUCCCCUUCUCUUUGGCAUGAUUUUAGACCCGUCAGUGGAACUAUGCAAGCCACCGGGAACCGGGUCCCAAAAGAAGCAAAAUUACGUUUCUCAGUCAGCAGUAGCUUUGCGCUGUAGGGUCAUGCCGCCUCCAUGCAUUAAGAAUCCUUAUCUCAAUACUGAAUCAUCAGUUGAUAUGGAUAUCUUUGGUGACAGGAAAUCAAGAUCCACAGGUUUUUGUCCAGCAAUUGGUGGAGAUGGUCUUUCACGUUACCGUACUGAUUUCCACGAAAUUGAGCAAAUUGGUUGUGGUAAUUUCAGCCAUGUUUUCAAAGUUUUGAAAAGAAUAGAUGGCUGUAUGUAUGCUGUAAAACAUACCAUCAGGCAAUUACGUCAUGACAAUGAAAGGAGACAAGCACUGAUGGAAGUUCAAGCUUUAGCAGCCUUAGGGUCUCAUGAAAAUGUGGUUGGAUAUUACACUUCAUGGUUCGAGAAUGAGCAACUGUAUAUUCAGAUGGAGCUUUGUGAUCAGAGCCUGUCAACCAACAAAGGUCAUAUACCAAAGGGUAGAGAAGUACUUGAAAUGUUAUAUCAGAUGGCUAAAGCAUUGCGGUUUAUGCAUGAGAAAGGUAUAGCUCAUAUGGAUUUGAAGCCUGAGAAUAUUUAUGUAAAGAACGGUGUUUAUAAGAUUGGAGAUUUCGGUUGUGCAACCCUCACGGAUAGAAGUUUGCCUAUUGAGGAAGGCGAUUCUCGUUAUAUGCCUCAAGAAAUCUUGAAAGACAAGUAUGAGCACUUAGAUAAGGUUGAUAUCUUCUCCCUGGGAAUAACCACAUAUGAGCUUGUUAAAGGAUCACCGCUUCCUGAUUCUGGUCCUCAGUUCUCUAACCUCCGAGAGGGAAAGAUUGCAUUGCUUCCUGUAAUUUCCAUGCAGUUUCAGAGCUUAAUUAAGGCAAUGAUGGACCCAGAUCCAAUGAGGCGGCCUUCAGCUAAAGAAAUCAUGGAGAACCCUAUCUUCGAAAAGCUACACAGAGCCUCCUCAAGCAAGUUUAUGCAUUAGGGCCAAGCUAAAAUGUUACCGAAUUGGUGGCCUAAGCUUGAGUAAUCUUCCUCAGAUGCUCAGGUUCUAAGUUCAGGCAAAGUUUUGGCAUGUCUAAUGAUGUUAGCAUUAGCUACAUAUUUUUUGUCCCAUACCUCAAAAUUUUGUAAAGAGGCCUUGAGGUAAAGGCUUUUGGGAACUAUGAACAAGUGAAAUCCUUCAUUAUAAAGAACUCAUAUUGCCACUUGUGAAUUAAAAAGGUGGUGCUUCCAUUA